UCCUGUUAAUUUUGUGUGCCCUAGUUAAUGAGCAUUAAUCCAUCACCCCUGGAUGCUAUUGUUGCAGGGGGAUGGCCAUUUGAAUGCAAAUGCGUGACACUGUGACAGCAAGGUGCUUAUUAAACUGAUGUGUCCUCCUGUCUUUUCUGCUGGAAGCUCAGGAGAGUGAAAAGACGCGGGGCAGCUGGAGGAGCGGGUGGGACUAUUACGGGAGUUGCUCACACCAAGUUCUGCUCUGUUCCUAAACUAAACUAAAACAAGAUGGCAAGUUCUGCUUCCUUGGAGACGGUGAUGUCCUGCGGUAGGACCGGACCGUCUCCGGCUACCAAGACCCUUGCCUUCUCCAUAGACCGGAUCAUGUCCAAGAGCUCGGAGCCGAAGGGGAGCGCGGAGGAGCGGUCAGAGGGGAAGAAGCUGCUGGGGCUCUGUUCCCCGAUCCCCUGCAUGAUCCCGCUGCAGCCCUUCAGUUACGACCUCCAAGCCAAGGCGCUGAUGAACUACUCGGAGCUGUGGAGAGCUAGUUUCAGGGGAACUUUUUGCGGUUCCGCAGCCGUUCCGUGCAAAGGGAACUGCGGCAUGUGCGGCAUGUGCGGCAAAGCGGAGCCGGGCUUGAAGCAACCGCUGCUGACGUCUGGUAGCAGGGUGGUGAAACCGCAGGUCAUCCACCAGGCCGUGGCCGUGCCCAGCGGCGGCUCGCUUUACUACCUAAAUUACCUGGAUUCUGCGUACCAGCAGUCGGAGCUGUUGGCCGGACACUGGUUCUCCAACCCACAGGCCCAGGCCUCUCUGACAGCGCACCACAGACUUUUGCUGCUGGAGAACGCCAAACUUGCCGGGGUGGGGACCGACAAGCUGCCCACACCUCAAUACCCCCACAAAGAACAUCUGCCGGGGCAGCUGGACCAACUAGUGAAGGAGAACCACGGCCUGAGCACAGAGAAGAACGGCGUCAAGACGCACAGCAAACUCAGCAGCAGCGGCAGCAGCGCUGCAGACGGAAAACCCAAAAACUUCACAUGUGAAGUGUGUGGAAAGGUUUUUAACGCACAUUACAAUCUGACCCGACACAUGCCGGUGCACACCGGGGCCCGGCCCUUCGUGUGUAAAGUCUGCGGCAAAGGAUUCCGGCAGGCCAGUACGCUGUGCAGACACAAGAUUAUCCACACACAGGAAAAGCCUCAUAAAUGCAACCAGUGUGGGAAGGCGUUCAACAGAAGUUCGACACUAAACACACACGUACGGAUCCACGCCGGGUACAAACCUUUCGUCUGUGAGUUCUGCGGGAAAGGUUUCCACCAAAAAGGAAACUACAAGAACCACAAGCUGACUCACAGUGGGGAGAAGCAGUACAAGUGCUCCAUCUGCAACAAGGCCUUCCACCAGGUCUACAACCUGACCUUCCACAUGCACACGCACAACGACAAGAAGCCCUUCACCUGCGCCACCUGCGGCAAGGGCUUCUGUCGCAACUUUGACCUGAAGAAACACAUCAGAAAGCUGCACGACAGCGUCUUCACCGCUGCCACAGAGGCCUCCAGAGAGCUGCAGAGCUGAGGCACGCUGCAAACCCCCCAUAACACCUUCUAAUAUUCCACAUUGGACUGUUAGGCCUCAAAAAGACUGGGUUUUCUCUUGCAUUUGUGGCCACGUUGAACUGUUUUUAAAAGUCCAGAGAGAAGGUGGGGUAGUCCAAUAAAAUUGGAUAUAAUCCCUUAAAAAGAACUGUGGUAAUCCUAUAGGAUUUAGGACCCUGCCCAUGUGUUCCAGCAGUGGCACUGUAGGGAAUACAUAACUGACCCAAAGGUAGAGCAACACCUCAUACUUAAUACUGGCUCCCAGACAGUAGGAAUAUUAUAGGGACUUUUUUUCUUCCUGUAUGCCAGUAACAAGCAUGGGAGAAAUCCUCCGUCUCCAUGAUGGAACUGUAAAUAAUAGGUUAUGGAAAUAAAAAAUGUUAUUUAAAAUGUGAAUCAUUUCCAUGUUGUGUAUUUCACAGAAAAAAAUGUUAAUGUGAAUAAAUAAGUUAUAACAUAUAAUGAAAACUGAAUGU